AUAACACAAUGCGAAAAAUAAUCUUCUUUUGUGCUUUAACACUACCAUUAUCAUGGUCAAAACCCAGCAAGACAUCCUUUCAGCUCAUCCAGGAGAUAAAUUCCCGACAAACAUCCUGGAAAGCUGGACUUAACUCCCUUAAAAACAUCAAAUCCCGCCUGGGCUUUUUGGGACUUCACCCAGAUUCCGACUACAAAAUUGCAACCAAACACCACAAAAUCGACCAAACGUCAAUUCCGGAGACUUUCGAUGCUCGGGAUAAAUGGCCCGAAUGCAAAGACUUCAUCGGGAAUAUACGGGAUCAAGGAGCUUGCGGCUCGUGCUGGGCGUUUGCUUCAACCGAAGUUAUGUCAGACCGGUUAUGCAUUGUGACCAAUGGCGAAACAAAAUUUGAGUUUUCCCCCGAAAAUCUACUGACAUGUUGUGAGAUUUGUCGUUAUAACUGUGUUGGGGGGUACACAGCACAAGCGUGGAAUUUUCUUAUCAAUGAGGGAAUUGUAUCUGGGGGUGAUUACAACUCAAGCGAAGGUUGCCAACCUUACUCCGAAUCAGCUUUCAAAAACGGUGUCGUUCCCAAAUGUGUCAAAACUUGUCAAAAUAACAACUAUGACGUAAAAUAUAACGAUGAUAAGCAUUACGGUGACAGUUUUUACACACUUGAGACAAAUGUCAGUCAAAUACAAGUGGAAAUUAUGACAAAUGGACCAGUAAUGGCGACGUUUAACGUUUUUGAGGAUUUUGUAUACUACCAAGAUGGUGUUUUUAAUCAACGCAACUAUGUUGCAUUCUGGUCAAUUUUUUUAUUUUUAGGUGUUUAUUAUCACGUAAGCGGUGAAAUGAUUGCACGACAUGUUGUCAAAGUUAUAGGGUGGGGGACAGAAAACGGCGUUCCUUAUUGGUUGAUUGCUAAUUCGUGGGGAACAUGGUGGGGGAAGUUAGAGGGAUUUGUUAAAAUAAGGCAGGAGACGAAUGAAUGUGCGAUUGAACAAGAAAUGGCGGCGGGGGAGGUGCAUAUUGGAAAUAAAAAAUCGACAACAGGAUAAAAAGGGUGGAGUUAAGGGCUGUCUUAGUGAUAAGGUUAUUUUUAUCAUAUGUUGAAACGAUAAAUACAAUAUAAAAAUACAAAGUGAUUUUAAAAAACUGAUUAAAAAAAUGUUUAGUGAACCUCUUAGGCAACCAUAUAUACACAUACCAAGUUUUUAUUUUUAUAACCAAAUUGAAAUAUGAUUUAUUUAUAAUAGAAACAAUACGUAAACCCACGACAUCAUGAACAUGAGUAUUUUUAUUGCAAUUAUUGGAAAACGUCAACAAAUUCGCUUUGAUCGACACUCGAACGCACAAUUGUUGAGGUUAUGUUCAAAUUUCAAACCAAACAAUUUGUGAGUUUAUUUUUUUACAAAAAUGAGUGCAGAUCGCCAAAGCUUGGCUAAAAAACUCCUACUAGCGCCUUGUGCAACACUUCAAAUCGUUACGAAUUGAAACCAUCGAUCGCUUCAGGAGAAUGAGUCACGACGAUCUAACAUACGAGAAUUUAACUGAAAUAAAAAAAUGUAUUUUGUCAACUUUAGACACCAAAG